AUGCGUCUACUAUCAUACUCAUCAUCACCAGCUAUUCUUGAACAAUCAACUAUAUUACGUAAUUCACGUUCACUUGAUUAUAAUAGACAUGGUCGUAAUUCAACUGCAUUCGAUUAUGAUAACAAGGUUCUAUCGCUUGAUGUUGAUGAAUCCGAUUCAUCUACAUCCAUUUUUGGUCAACAUAGUCAACCUCGAGAAUUAUCAUUGAAAACUGACUAUUGUCUAUCAUUUACGUCUACCUUACCCCAUCAAACAAAUUAUAUUUGUCGAUAUUCAUUUCAGAGUCAGGCAUCAUCGUUAGAAAGUGAAAGAAAAAAGAAAAUAAUUGCACGCGUUGUUACAGUUGUUGCCAUCAUUAUUUUCAUUGUCUGUAUUCUAGUCGUAACAUUAACAUUACGAUUAUCGCAUAAAAUCGAUGAACUUGUUAGACUAAAGCAAUUAAUGCCCAAACCAAUUCAACAAUAUCCCAUUGACGAUGUACUAUUAUCUACAUUAACAACAACAACAACAGCAACAACAAUCUCACCUUUAUCUCGAAAAUCGUGGAGUAAAUAUCAUCAACAAUCAGGCCUAAUUUAA